GCGUGGAAACUUUUUUUUGUUUCUCUUUCUUUCUCCUACCCGCUCUCUUCUCAUUUUCGCUCUCUAAUUACAAGUUUUCUCUCAUUAUUCAUUAACGGAACACUAAAAAAUGGGUCUUGUUGACGAAUUCCGCUCAGGAAACUUUUCUCUCUAUGGGCAAUGGUUUGGCCUCUUCUCAAUCGUUUCGCUCAUUCUUUUCAGCUUUUUAAGUUUCCACAUCCUAUGGUCCAUCUUGGGAUGGAUCAUGGCCUUCCUACUUGUCUUCAUUGAAAUCCCUUUUUGUCUUAAGUGCUGUCCCACUAGUGCCAAGUUUGACAAUUUCUUGACUCAAUUCCAGAACUCGUACUUUCGAGCAGCAGGCUAUGUUGUAUUUGCUAUUAUCAUGUGGCUCGCUUUCGGCAUUGGUGGACGUACUCUUCAGAUCGUCUCUGCGCUGCUCUUGACUGGUGGAGCUGUCUCUUAUACUAUUGCCGCUCUCCGCCAUCAAACUCCCGCCUCUAGCACCAUUACAGGAGGCACCGGUGUGUCCACCAUCGUAUAGGAUUUCCUUAGAGUAAACAAACAAAUAAUAUUACUUCUUAUCCAGUGGUGCUCACUAAUGUCUCCAUCGCUGCUCUGGGAUGCUAGACGUAUGUUUGUAAAAGUAAAAAUAAAAACAUCAGCUUUUGACAG